AUGAAGGACCGUUGGUAUAUAUUCAGGAAGUCAUUCCUGGAGGCGACUGUUACAAGGUCAGAAUCUCCUUGGGAGAUAGCGUUUAUCAGACAAAAAUCUUACAGUGGCCAUCCAGGAAAUAUUUGCUGUCCAUCCCCAUUACAAGCUGCAGAAGACUGUGGGCCUCAAGCCUCAUUUAAUCUUCUUUCCCCUCCCCCUGAAACACUAGUUCCGAAGACCUCCUCCACUCCCAAGACUCAGGACCCCAUGUUACCUUCUUUUAAAGCAACUCAGACAAAACUUGGAUACAAUAAAACAGAACAUACUCCAAUUACUUCUUUGGACAACAGCCCAACAGAUACAUCUAAUUCAGAAAUUGCUCCUGCCUGGACUGGUGAUGAUUCUGGACCACAAGGAAAGAAGAUUUCCCUAAAUCCUUCUGUUCGCCUGAAGGCAGAGAAACUGGAAAUGGCUCUCAAUUACCUCGGGAUUCAGCCAACAGAAGAACAACAGGAAGCUCUGAGACAGCAAGUCCAGGCUGACUCAAAGGGGACAGUGUCUUUUGGAGAUUUCGUCCAGGUUGCCAGAAAUUUGUUUUGCUUGCAGUUGGAUGAAGUAAAUGUUGGUGUCCAUGAGAUCUCAAGCAUCUUGGACUCACAGCUUCUUCCCUGUGAUUCUCUAGAAGCAGAUGAAGUGGGAAAACUUAGACAAGAAAGAGAUGCCGCUCGGGCAGAAGUGAAUGUGCUUAAGAAGAAACUACUUGAAUCAGAGAAGCAUAGGAAUCAGUUAACAGAAGAGCUCCAGAAUGUGAAGCAGGAAGCCAAAGCCGUAGCUGAAGAAACCCGAGCUCUGCGAAGCCGGAUCCAUCUUGCAGAAGCUGCCCAGAGGCAGGCACGUGGGAUGGAAAUGGACUACGAAGAAGUGAUCCAUCUGCUAGAGGCUGAGAUCUCGGAGCUAAAGGCUCAGCUUGCUCAUUAUUCCGACCAAAAUAAAGAAAGUAUCCAGGACUUGAGAAAGAGAGUCACAGUGCUUGACUGCCAAUUGCGAAAAUCAGAAAUGGCUCGGAAAACUUUCAAGGCAUCUACUGAACGCCUCCUUCAUUUUGUAGAGACUGCUCAGGAAGUGCUUUUGGAUAGUUCUGCUCCUUUCUCAAAUUUGAGCGAAAGAAGAGGUGUGUUUGCAUCACAGCCUUCGCUCCCACUGCUGGGGAGGAAUGGACGCAGCUUCCCAGCAAGCCUGCUUCUGGAAUCCAAGGAGCUCGUUAGAUCUGUUCGUGCCACACUUGAUAUGGACUGCUUACCUUAUGGAUGGGAGGAAGCUUACACAGCAGACGGAAUCAAGUACUUCAUCAAUCAUGUAACACAGACCACAUCUUGGACCCAUCCCAUGAUGAGCAUCCUGAACCUGUCCUGCUCAGAGGAAAAUGAAGAGGACUGUCCAGGAGAGCUAACAGACCAGAAAAGCUGAUGGCUGCCCAUGGAAAUGGUGCUUCAGGGUCUUCCGGCUUUUCAGUCCAGGUGCACAAUCAGACACAAGACACCACAGCCUGAGAAACAGGAAUCCAGCACAUUCUCCCAGGCAGGGUGUCAACCUGGAACUGUGAUAUUUCUAUGUACAUGUUAAAGAUCACCUGCCA